AUUAUAUAUGCAAAUUCCGGAAACGGACUGCACCCCGUCCCGGUCGGACCGUCGUCAUCUCCACUCGACCCAUUCGAAGUUCGUAUAAAUAAAUCGGAGACGCCGGCGAUUUCCUCUCCCUCUCUCUGCCUCUGCUUUGGUGAUGAACAGCUGAAGGGAGGGAGCUUCGAUCGGAGAUGGCGGCCAACCGUCCCAGCGAGGCGACCGGCGGCGGUGGCGGCGGAAGGGGGGAGUCGGUGGUCGAGGACUGCGGCCGGCAGGAGAGCUCCUGCGGGUACUGCAAAUCGCCAAAUGGGUCCUCCAGCGUUUCUCACGGCUUGAUCGCGGAGAGCCUAAACGUGGAUGACUAUCAAGAUCUCCUUGAUCGAGGAUGGAGAAGAUCUGGCUCUUUCCUUUACAAGCCAGAUAUGAGUACUACGUGUUGCCCUUCUUAUACUAUCCGCUUAAAAGCAGCGGACUUUUCUCCUUCCAAGGAGCAAAAUCGAGUAUGCAAACGGAUGGAAAGGUUUCUGGAUGGUACACUGGACACCAAAGCCAAGCCUGAGCUCCUGGAGGAUUUAAAUACUUCUAAAGUGGCAUGUGAAUGUGAAUGUCAUGGAAGGUCAAACUUGGCAACGGUUGAAACUUCUGUGGACGUGGAGGAGGAUAAGAAUGAGCCAGAACAAUUUAUGCAUUACUUGUCUGAUGCAAUUGAUAAGGCUGUGCGGGCAUGUAUCGAAAGCGAGACGUUUUCUGCCAAUCUUCAAUUACCUAAAGCUUCUGUCAAAGGAGUCUCCCCAACCAAGAAGAAGAAGCUAGUCAAAGGAUUGGAAAAUCUCUCGUAUACCAGUAACAUUGCUUUCCAAUUGGCUGCCACUUUAAGGCGUGCGCGGUCAGAAAAAAAGGAUGAAAAAGGGUCAGAAUUCUCUGGAAUCUCAGCAGAAGACCAACUGCCUUCUGAGUUGACACCUCGAAGGAUUGGAGAAAAGUAGGCGCGGUCAUUGUCUCAAACGGAUGAAACAUCUGGCUUCUUGGUCCAAGCAUGUAACGGACAUCUGAACUUUUAUUCUAUUGCAGAGCAUGCUUCAGUGGAUAAGACUGGCGAUGAAAAUCUCUCUCUAAAGAAUCUUCAACGAAAUGGAAACAAGAGAAGAUGUAUGGUGAGGUGCUGUAACUGUUGUUCAGGAAAAAGGCGGAAGCUUGAGAUUCUUCUGAAAAGAUCCACUUUUGAGCGUGAAGAAUUUGAGUUGUACAGGCGAUAUCAGUUGAAAGUGCACAAGGACAAUCCAGACGAUAUCACAGAGGAAGGGUACGAGAGUUUUUUGGUUGACACACCAUUGGUUUUUGUUCCCUCGACCGGUGAUGGUUCAGUUCCUCCCUGCGGUUUUGGGUCUUUCCAUCAGUCAUAUGUUAUUGAUGGCCGAUUAGUUGCGGUUGGUGUGGUGGAUAUCCUUCCUAAAUGCUUGUCGAGUAAAUAUUUAUUUUGGGACCCUGACUUUGCCUUUUUAUCUUUGGGAAAAUAUUCGGCUUUGAAAGAAAUAUCUUGGGUGAAGGAGAAUCAAGUUCACUGCCCCAGUCUUCAGUAUUAUUACCUUGGCUAUUACAUUCAUUCAUGCAGCAAGAUGAGAUAUAAAGCAGCGUAUUGGCCAUCUGAGCUUCUGUGUCCCCUCCGUUACUCGUGGGUUCCCUUCAACGUUGCAAAGCCUCAGCUUGAUGAAAGAAAGUAUGUUGUCCUGUCAGAUUAUAAAGAUGAAGAUGAAAAGCCAGUGCUGCCUCCAGUUUCUGAAAUGGAGGAUAGGGAUAUUGGAAAAGCUCUAAUAGGAUUACGGGGGUCUCGCCUGAGAUACAAGGAUCUGCAAGGGGCCUUUGGUCUUGUUGAGCUCGAAGCCCAAGUGCAGAGGUAUGUGAGAGUGGUCGGUCGAGAGUUGUCUGAGCGAAUGGUCUAUUCACUUGAGGAGGAGGAGGGUGACGACGACGACGACGACGACGACGACGACGCCGGCGGCUUCGCUUCCGUGGAUGGUUUUUUCUUGGAGCAUGUGCCGGCCGACUGUCCGGUCUACGCUGUGGCUGGGCAGUUCUCGACGGACGAGGCGGACGGCCCCGUUUUGCCACCCCCGAUGGAGAUGCAGCCUGAGGAACAAUUUGCUUUGAGAGAGUGGAGGAUGUGAGUCUCGCGAUGUUACAGAAUUUUGAGUCUUCUAUGGAUCAUUCUCUCUGGGGAGAGAUGUCUUGUGGUCAUAUCAGUGUGGUGGUUUGAAGAGCUUUGUUCUCUGAUCUUAAGUGUAGUGCGAUGAUUAGCUUAAAGAGCAAUACCGAUGAUUCUCGUGCUAUGAAAGUGAUGCUAUAAUCGCUGAGUUAAGUCGGGGAAAAUAGACUUCUAGAAAGAGAAAGCCGCACUUUUGAGUGAAUAGAGGGAAUUUUUUUGGCUGUUAGAGCAUCUUAGUACUGUUAUCAUGUAGGAUCACUUCAGAUGACCUCGUAGUGGUGCUAAUUCUGUGGGAAAAAUUAUGAUCUUUGCAA